AUGCAAGGUCUUGAGAUUCCUGGUCAAGAGGGCAUGCUGACCAUGGGAAAGGGCGUUCCUGAUCUACAAACGAAGCAAUUCCUUCACCUACUUCACUCGGCCAAGCCAGAAAUCCCCAUCUACGGCCUUGUUGACUUUGAUCCGUAUGGCGUCAAUAUCAUGCGCUGUUACAGCCAUGGAUCCCGAGGCCAUGCUCAUGAAGUCGGAGUCACUGUUCCAAGCAUGAAGUGGCUUGGAAUCAAGAGCGAUGAUCUUCUUGGUCGCCGGGAUCUGGUGGCCGACGACGAUUCUGCCUUUUCAAGGCAACAGCGAUCUGAAAGCAGUUUCGAGGCAACCGAUGCACUCAAAGAAAGAGACCGAAAGAUUGCGAAGACCUUGCUGGGAAACAUACCCGACGACUUGGACGAGUACAACAUCGAGUGUCGAAGGGAGCUGCAGAUCAUGCUAUUUUUGAACGUCAAGGCAGAGAUACAAGCGGUGGAUGAUGCCGGUGACAUUUCAAACUGGCUCGAUGCACAUAUGGCGAGAGCUUGA